GAAUUAGGGGAAGGCAUCAUUCAGGACUUGUUCAUCCCGAAAGACACUUCUCAACUCAAGCAAAAUGAAAUUCGUAGUUUUGGCUCUUGCUCUCGUUGGCGCUGCCUCUGCUGGUUUCGUCGCCCCAGCUUACACCGGGUACUCUGCUCCAGUAGUAGGUGCUGCCGUAACUGCUGCUCCAAUUGCCUAUUCAGCUCCUGCUAUAGCCGCUGCUCCAGUUACAUACUCUGCUCCAGUCGUUAAGCCUGUCGCCUACACUGCCCCAGCUGUAGCUGCUGCCCCAGUCGCUUACUCUGCUCCAGUUGUUAAGCCAGUUGCCUAUGCCGCUCCAGCUGUAGCUGCUCCAGUUGCUGCCGGCUUCCAUGCUGGAUACGCCGCUCCAGUUGUUGGUGCCCCAAUUGCCACCGGGUUCAACGCUGGAUACGUCGCCCCUGCUCUCUGGAAGAAGAAGGCUGCUGCUUAAGUUGCGUGAUGUUUUUGAAGGAUUGAGUUAAUGGCAAAUAUACGAGCUGUUUGAUCAAAA